UCGCCCACCACCAUUUACACACACUCACACUAUAUAUUCUUCACUCUCUUCCUUCUUUUUCUUCAUCUUUUCUUUACAAACCUCAUUUGCUGCCAUGUCUGACAAUGUUGUUGUUUCCAACAUGGAGCUUGAGAGAUUGCUUAGCAUGAAAGGAGGCAAAGGUGAAGGAAGCUAUGCCAACAAUUCCCAAGCUCAGGCCAUCCAUGCCAAGUCCAUGCAUCACCUUCUGAAAGAAGCCCUAGAUGGAGUUCAACUUCAAGAGCCUAAUAUCCCUUUUGUGGUUGUGGAUUUGGGGUGUUCAUGUGGCAGCAACACCAUCAAUGUGGUGGAUGUGAUCAUCAAGCACAUCAUCAAACGCUAUGAGGCCUUGGGAUCAGAACCUCCUGAGUUUUCUGCUUUCUUCUCAGACCUUCCUGGCAAUGACUUCAACACCCUCUUCCAGCUCCUUCCUCCCUUGGCCAACUAUGGAGUUAGCAUGGAGGAGUGCCUUUCCGCCAGCAACCACCGUGCCUACUUCGCCGCCGGCGUCCCUGGCUCCUUCUACCGGAGACUUUUUCCAGCAAGGUUCAUUGAUGUUUUCCACUCAGCCUUUUCCUUGCAUUGGUUAUCUCAGGUACCAGAAUCUGUGAUGGACAAGAGGUCAAGUGCAUACAACAAGGGGAGGGUGUUCAUCCAUGGUGCUAGUGAGAUCACAGCAAAUGCUUACAGAAAACAAUUUCGAUCAGACUUGGCUGGGUUCUUGAGUUCAAGGUCUGUGGAAUUGAAGAGAGGGGGGUCCAUGUUCUUGGUUUGCUUAGGCAGAACUUCUGUGGACCCCACAGACCAAGGUGGGGCUGGCCUCCUAUUUGGGACCCACUUUCAGGAUGCUUGGGAUGAUCUUGUCCAAGAGGGAUUAAUUAGCAGUGAGAAAAGAGACAGCUUCAACAUUCCAGUUUAUGCACCAAGCCUGCAAGAUGUGAAGGAGGUGGUUGAAUCUGAUGGUUCAUUUUCCAUAAACAAGCUUGAGGUGUUCAAAGGAGGAAGCCCUCUUGUGGUGAACCAGCCAGGUGAUGCUAGAGAAGUAGGAAAGGCCCUUGCCAACACCUGCAGGAGUGUGUCUGGUGUCCUUGUUGAAGCUCACAUUGGUGACAAGCUUAGUGAGGAACUGUUUCUGAGAGUGGAACGUAGAGCAGCAAGCCAUGGCAAGGAGUUAUUGGAGCAGCUACAGUUCUUUCACAUAGUUGCUUCCCUUUCUUUUGCUCAAUGAUAAUGAGAGACAAACAAGAAAAAGGCCCUUUGGACAUAACAAGAGGACAAGGAAAAGGGCUUUAUCUAGUUCCCUUACUAUCCCUCUCUUUCUUUUCGGGUGUUGUUUUGAACUUUUUAUUUCAUAGGAAGAGUCAAAACACACAUGAGAGAGACAAAAAAGAGGGUUCAGCUCUUGCUGCUCUAAUUUUUUCUCUCUUAUGAGUGUUUUUCUGUGUUCUUACAGACAGUUUAGCUACUUUCUACACAUCAUGUGCUUUCUGACUUGUGUCCCCUUGGAUCUAAAACUAAAGCUUUCCUCAUGUUAUCUGAAAUAACAGCUUUUCACAGUGUGGAUGUACAUGUUCACAUUUUUGUGAAAGCAGCAAGAAUGUUCUUGAUAGGUUCUUGGGAUCAAGAACCUAUGGAAAAACACUCGAAUACACAC